UAAUAAGCAAAAUUGUUUGGAAAGUAUCUACCUACCAAUAACAUAAAUAUAGGAAAUAACGCAGGUGCUAUCUAUCUAGCUAACAACAUCAAACGUGUUGUCAAAGAUUAUAUUGAAAAUUGUGAUGAUAGUAACUUUUCCCAGUAGACACGUACAAUGCUACAACUAAGUACUUGGUUUAAGUUAACUCACCAAAAAGUCAGAAAAGUAGAUUUAUUCUACUCAGACUCUUUGAAAAAGGCAAAUGUUAAAACGUUUUCUUAACAAAAAUUGAAAUGGACCGUUGGGUUGGAAAAGUAGCCGUUGUAACAGGUGCCGGCUCUGGUAUAGGGGCCGCUAUAACCGAAAAAUUGGUUGAACAUGGUAUUAAUGUCGCUGGACUCGACAUUUGUAAGGCAACUUUAGAUCAACUCGAUAAAAAAUUGACAAAUUCGAAGGGAAAGUUCUGGUCUCUUGCUGUCGACAUAACAAACGAAUCUGAAGUAGUUGACGGUUUCGAAUGGAUCAAGGAACACUUAGGUCCUGUACAUAUCCUAGUUAAUUGUGCCGGAAUCGCCAGGGAUAAUGAUCUCAUCGAUGGCGAUGCCCAAAUGUGGAAGGAUGUUUUGGACACGAACGUUUUCGGCUUGUGUUUGGCCACGAGAGAAGCUGUCAAGCACAUGACGAGCAAUGAGAUCAAAGGUCAUGUCAUACACAUAAACAGCAUUUCCGGGCAUACUGUUCUGCCCUAUUCAAGGACCAACGUCUAUUGCGCUUCUAAAUAUGCCGUAACUGCACUGACAGAAACUUUGAGACGCGAAAUUGUCCUUAAAGGUCUUGGAAUCAAGGUGACCAGUAUUAGUCCAGGACUUGUGUCAACCAAUCUGUAUGAGUCCGCAGGUUUUCAUCCAAAAGCUAUCAAAGCUAUCGGCAACCGGCCUAGUCUUUAUCCCAAGGAUAUAGCAGACGGCGUUUUGUACGUCCUCGGCACCCCUCCUCAUGUUCAAGUUCAUGAGCUGACCAUUAAACCUGUUGGUGAAAUAGACUGAUUAUCUGCAUUUUAAUGAUUUAAAAUGAUCUGAAUAAACAAUAACAUUGUUAUGUUACGUAUGUUAUGAA